GGCGGGAGAGCCGCGGGCCGAGAGCGUGACUCGCCCGCUCCGGCGCUGCCUGCUUCCCAGCCGCCGCCUCCCGCCGCCGCGCGCAGCCAUGUCCGAGGAGAAGCCCAAGGAGGGCGUGAAGACAGAGAACGACCACAUCAACCUGAAGGUGGCCGGGCAGGACGGCUCUGUGGUCCAGUUCAAAAUCAAGAGACACACCCCGCUGAGCAAGCUGAUGAAGGCCUACUGCGAGAGGCAGGGCUUGUCAAUGAGACAGAUUAGAUUCAGGUUUGAUGGGCAGCCAAUUAACGAAACAGACACCCCCGCACAGCUGGAGAUGGAGGACGAAGACACCAUCGACGUGUUCCAGCAGCAGACGGGGGGCUCGUGGCAGAGCGGCUGUGUCUGUCCCCUCCGUGUCGUCCCUGCGUCUGCUGAAGAGUGAACGAGUGACCAUACCCAUCACAACGGAGUCUGCAGAAACCUGGGGACAGUCACCAAAAUUACUUCCCUCUCUUUGACAUUUUGUGAGGGCAACUCAGAACUCUGUCUGCAGGGGGGAGCCUGCAGCUGAAAGCGGGCCAGUCACACUUGUCUUUGUUGGGGUGAAGUGAGUUGUGAGGGUUUUUGGGUUUGUUUUUGCUUUCAUUUUUGUUUUUUCUCCCCUCUAACUUUGCCCCCAAACUUGUGGUCUGAAUGUCCACUUUUAGUCUAGAUGGGGAUCUGACCCCAGGGGUUGAUCCCCGCCCCUGCACCACUUAUUCCAGCCGAGAGCUCACGGCACCACAGCGGGGGUGCUUCUGUUGGACAAGUUUUGGGGGCGAUUUGGGGAUGGGAGACAAACUUUUACUAUUUUGUAUGGCACAGGUUUUUUAAAUGCUAAAUAUUGCAUUUCAGGAUAUGGUAAAGUUGAAGGGAAAAUACUGGAAUGCUUUUUAAAAGGUGAAAAGGAAAAUAAGCAGGUCCUUCAGUAACGUGGCCUUGGGCACCAGCACCCGCUGCCUGGAGCCUGGGGCUGCAGAAACGGGCCUUUCCCCUUAAUAGAGAAGAAAGCAGUCCCCAUGUGUCUCACUUGGUCAUAGUGUGGGCUCAGAUUUCUCCUCCUCUAAUUGUGGUCUCUCUGUAAAAAAGCAAGAUUCAGUAUUGCUGAAUUUGCACUUGUUUUUGUGUGAAAGGCCUGCUUCAAAGUAUGUUACCCAUGGAACCCAUGGAAAGGUGACUCCAUGUCGCCCUCACGGAUUUGGGCUGUGCUGCUUUCCAAAUAGGUAUGGGACUUACGCUUUAGUAUAUGAUUUUAGUUCUGUGAGAUGUUUUGGGAUCUGUACCAAUUAAACUGAUAGUUUUCCUCCUGUCUUUGUGUAUGGACCCACUGCUGCCUUGUUCUAGUCACAGAGCAUGACCAUGACCGUCAUCUCUUGCUUGCCUGAAAUCUUGAAGGUGUUCGCAUUUCCUUUGUGUUUUGCUGUUCGGGCAUGGGUGGGAUGUCUGCUGGCUCUGUUCUGCUUAUUCACCAAUUUGUACAUUAUCUGUUGUCCUUUGCUACUGUAAACAGUAAAUAUAGUUUGGUAUUCUGUCUCUGGGC